AUGAUGCUUGCUGAUUUUGCAACGCAACCAAAACUUAUGUCCACUAUCAACUCCGUCCAGAGAACGGUUGUCAAUCAUAAUGAUUCUAGUUCAAUCGCUCCGAUCAAAAUUCCACUGGUAUCAUUCGAACCAAUUUUGGCUGCAUCGCCCAACUUUAUUCUUGCGAAUGAAUUCACAAAAAGAAGAAAUCAAUUCGUACUCUACGAUGAAAACCUUCAUAAGUUAACUACGCGCUCAUUGUUAAGAACACCUGUGCUAGAUGCACUAUGGUAUGAUCAUCAACAACGCUUUCUUAUCCUAACAUCAGAAAAUGUUUAUACCAUUGAUCCGCAUACGGGGGAUAUUAACGUAUUACGAGAAUUGAUACCAAUGGAAAAUAAAACUUUUAAAACGUUUACAUUAUUAAAUCAAUCUACCCUAUUAAUUGCAUAUAAUGAAUGGGGUGCAAAAUAUAUUGAUAGAUGGCAACAAAAUGUUGAUGAUGGCAUUUGGAUACUUAUUGAGAGACAACCAUUAAAAUUAACGUCCAAUGAAUUUAUUGGAGAUAUAUGCACAAUUACCAACAAUGAUUGUGAAAGUCUUGCGAUUACAAUUUAUAACAUUUUAACCGAACAAUGGAGAAUUGAGAUUCGCAAUAUAGAUACAUUUAUAUGUACCAGAGCAAUUUUACUCCCAGGAUCGAGUCUUGUGCAUGAUUAUAGAUUGAUAUCGGUAAAAACAACUGAAUCGGAUAUCAAAUGGCUUGUAUUUUCUUCAAUAAAUUCCAAUAUUAUAGCGAUUGAUUCGAACUGGAAGAGAAUACAAGUAAAUUAUAAGCAUCCUGUUCAACGAAUGGCAGUAUUCAAAGAUAACUAUUUGAUUGUGCGCACAACGGAACGUAUAGACAUACACAUGUUUUUUUAG